AUGCAACAGACGGAUUCAAUCGACGCCUCGUUCGAGCGUCGUUUGCAUGGCGCAGAUGGAAAAGGAAAAGGAGAAGAUGACGACGACGAUGACGAAGAAGAAAGCGAACAACAGAUGCAACUCGUGCUCUCGAAACUAAAAGUCCCGGACUUAAAGAGCGAACUGGAGAAGCGGAAGUUGAAGAAAACUGGGAAGAAACAAGAGCUCGUGGACCGGUUGGUGGUGGCGUUGGAGAGGGAGAGGAAAAGCCUCGCGACGACGAAGAAGAUGAUGUUGGCAAAAGAGAAAGAAGUGACUGUAGGGGAUGAGGAGAGUGAUACUACCAGUAGUAGUAGUAGUCGAGAGAAGAAGAACGAGAGCGACGAAAGAGAAGACGACGAUUCAGACGACGACGGAGAAGAAGAUAUGACAACCGCGACGACGGCCGCGACUUCGCCUCCGGCGGGAGUGCAACACGCGAAAGUGCGCAGGCGCGUCGUGAGAAGAGGUGGCGGGAUCUCCGACGCGACCGCGUCUUCGUCGUCUUCUUCGAAAAAAGGAGUGAAAAAGAAGAGCAGCGCGGUGAAAAGAGGUUCUACAGCAGUCAACGGGAACGCCAAAAAUGACGGUUCGUCGGUGACCGCGAUGAUGCCUUCAUCGUCUUUUUCGUCGUCGUCGUCUUCGCACAUUAUCGCGCCGAAAUAUAAUCCGUCGCGAGAGGCGAGAGAAAAGCAAAACGAAAUGGAAUUCGUGGCGGAUUUUGAAAAGGCGUUCAAGACGUUGAGAGAGCGGUUAAAGUUGGAACGGCUGAAAGCGUCCUCGGAUCCAGAGACGAAGUUGGCGAGGAUGUUCGAGGAGAAUAAAAUGGAGGAAGAUAAUAGUAAUAGCAGCAGCAGCAGCAGCAAUAGUGAUAGCAGCAAAACAAACGAGGAGAAAGCGAGCGACCGUUUGCGUCGAUUAUUCACGGAGAGAAGGCAAAGAGGCAUGAGAGCGGUGAAACGGUCGUUCAACGAAGGCGAAGACGCGGCGAAGCUGGGCGCUAUGACGACCAUGGCAGCAAGCAUAGUUGACGUCGAGAAGACGCGGUUAGGAGCAUCAUCGUCGUCGUCAGAGGACGAAGGCGGAUUAGCUGAGAUGAUGAGCGAACUGGAUGUGCGAGAGGCGCUCGAUGGAAUCGGCUACGCGUUGGAAGUGAACAACCGUGUUUUGGAAGGCUACAACGACAGCACCCACGGAUUAGCGAACAAUUCUAUUGAUCCGUUCAAGUUGGUUAUCGGUGAAUACGUCGUCCACCGAAAAUACGGCAUUGGGAAGUUUUUAGGUAUGCGUUCGAUCAACCACGAAGACGAGGAGACCGGAAGAAACGAAGGCACGAGGAAAGUGUUCUUGUUCAUUCAGUUCGCGGAUGAUACCGCAAAAAUUGAACCGAAGAAAGCGUCCAUGCAAUUGUAUAGAUACGCCAGUCCCGGCGCGCAAGUAAAACCGCCGAGACUUUCGAAGCUGUACGAUAAACUCGGGUCGUGGGAAGCGAAAGAAGCGCAGAUGCAAAAACAGAUUCGCGAUUUAGUCGUGCACCAAAUGUGCGUGUAUUUACAACGAUUACAGUGCGUCCGAGCACCGUAUAGAAUAUCGAAACCGGAUGAAGAGGCAAAAUUUGCUGAAGGGUUUCGUUUUGAGCUCACUCCCGACCAAAAGAUGGCUAUCGAGGAUAUCAACGAGGACAUGACUCGAGACACGCCCAUGGAUAGAAUCAUCGUCGGCGAUGUCGGUUUUGGUAAGACAGAAGUCGCUUUCAGAGCCAUAUCUCGAGCGUGCUUUUCCGGCAAGAAUUCGUUUAUUCUCGCGCCAACGACGGUUCUGGCGAAACAGCACGCCGCGAACGUCGCUGCGCGAUUUCGACACUUGGGUGUAGAAGUCAAUCUUCUCACGAGGCACGUCAAGACAAAAGAUCAAAAAGAAAUUUUAGAGAAGUUUAGCCAAAAGGACUCAGGAAGAGCACAAAUCAUCGUCGGUACGCACGGUUUGUUGAACUUAUCGACGGAAGUCUACGACAACUUGGAUCUGUUGAUCAUUGACGAAGAGCAAAGGUUCGGGGUGAGGCACAAAGACCAAAUUUCCGCGUUGAAAGCUACCGUGGACGUUUUAACUUUAUCGGCGACCCCUAUUCCGCGAACGUUGCAUAUGGCCAUCUCUGGUUUUCGGGACGCGAGUUUAGUUCAAACGCCGCCACCAGAACGUCGACCGAUUCGAACAAACUUAUUGCCAAUGGACGAAGACAAAAUUCGCGAGGCUAUUGAGUACGAAAUCAAUCGAGGCGGGCAAAUUUAUUACAUCGUUCCCAGAAUCAUGAUGAUGGGCGAUUCGCGGCAAAGGUUGUUCGGCAUUUUGCCAAACUUACGCGUGAUUGAAGCGCACGGACAAAUGGACGGCGAUACUUUGGAUGCGGUCAUGGAUGAAUUCUCCAACGGCGAGGCGGAUGUCUUAUUGUGCACGACGAUUGUUGAGUCUGGUUUAGAUAUUCCGAAUUGCAACACGAUUAUCAUCGAAGAAGUGCAAUCGUUCGGCUUAGCGUCGUUGUAUCAGUUGCGUGGUCGCGUCGGUCGCGCCGAUCGUCAAGCGCACGCGUGGAUGUUUUACGGGCUAGAUCCAGAAUCAUUGAACGAAAAAGCGAAGGAACGCUUGUUAGCGUUGGAAGAGUCGUGUGGAUUAGGCGAAGGUUUCAAGUUGGCGGAAAGAGACAUGUCCAUUCGAGGCGUCGGUACUCUCUUCGGCGAGAAACAAUCCGGCGAAGUCGAUUCGGUUGGUGCAGAUUUGUACCUCGAGUUGCUCUAUUCGCAGUUACAACGCGUUGAAAUGAUGCGCUUGAAAGCAUGCCUUCCAGGGGAAGUGAAAAUCAUUCACAAAACGCUCGUCCCAGAUGACAAGAAUCCUGAUAUUGAAGACGACGCGAUGCUGGUUACGACUGAAGUUCGCGGAUCGACGGAAGACUUGUCCAUCUCGCCGGCUUACAUCGCCACGGAUACCGCCAGGAGAACGGCUGAAAAUAUCGUGUUCAAAGCAAAAACCGCGCGUGAAUUUUCCGUCGCUUCGCACUGUUUGUUAAAACAUUUCGGCGAAGUGACGGACAGUUUCACCUCGUGCGCUUUGCUCGAACGCGAAAUUGCUUACGCAGCGUCUGAAUUAGGUAUUAAAGAAGUCAUCGCGGUGAGCUCGAGCGUAAAGAAUAGAAGCGGGUACAUCGAUUGUAUCAUCGAUUUACCCGGAGAAGUAAAAGAUAUGCUCGUCACCGGUAUGGACGAACGAUUCCAAGGCGAUGUGUUGACAACCGACGACGGCAUACGCAUUUUAGGUCAGAAGAAGGAAAGUGAAUCCAAGGCGGACAUUUUGCUCUUAGCGGUCAUGUCUUUGCGAAGAAUUAGCGAAGGUGUCCCGGCGUUUGUAAAGUAUUUGUAA